CUCUUCUGAUCAAUCGAAAUAGGCAAUUUGCAUUGCCCUCUUCUGAUCAAUCGAAAUACAGGAAUGUUUCCGACCUAUGUUGCAAUGGCGGAGGAGGUGAAACAUUAUUUUGGUACAAGCUCGACACCGACACCGACACCGAUAAGGCUCUAUAAUAGCAAAUAUCUUUUGCUUUCUACUUAGAUGACAUCUAUUAAAUAUAAAUUUGUGUACAACAAUUUCCUGCCAGGUCAAUGAAUCUGAUCAAUGAAGGGUAAGUAUUUCUAUUUCUUAAUACAUUGGUUGAUCAUUCAGAGGUCAAUGAAUCUGUCCGGUAAGUCCUCCUUGAUUUGUACAAUCUAGAGUGGAGUGGUCCUCUAAUCGGUACAUUUUUUGGUAAUUCCACAAAAAAAAUUGGAGUGGCCAUCAGUGACUAAAUGUUCUUUCUGAAUUUGGAUCUUUGCUAGCAAGAUUAUUUGCUUGCUCUUCUGCUUCCAAAAGCACACAAAAUGGAUAGAUAGUUCCAGUUAAUCUUAGUCCAUUAUAGGUAUGGUGAUGCUUGCAAAGGCUCUAUUUUCAUUUGAACUACUAUACACCACUUUAGGAUGGGAGUCGUUUCAUUGAAACAUGAGUUUUUUAAUCAUCAAGAUUUUGGAUUAAGUGUUAGUACUUAGUAGAAAUGUGAUCUUAGUAUAAGGCUAAUUACCAGUAGCAAACCGUCAUGUUCAAACAUACAUUUUAUCUUCAUGUUCAAACAUACAUUUUAGCAAGCCCUGAUAGUGGGUGACUGUGAUUCUAGCAGCUGGAUACAAAGUUCACCAAAUCCCUGACUUUUAUGUGUCGAAGAAAGGUAGGCUGUAGUGCGACAUCUGCUCUGCCACGUUUCUGCUGUGGCGGUGCCGUGGUGGUGUGACUAAUCAUCAGAGAUAAGUAGCAAACCGUCAACCACCAGGGAGACGAGCCAGGCAAGUUUAUUUUCAUCUUGCUAUCUCCCUGAUAUUGGUGUCUAGAUUGAAGAUUAUGCAUCAGCGACAAGUAACGACCGCCCGGAAAGAGAGCCGGAAAAAAGGGCAGGAAAUCGCCACCGCUUGUUCCUUCCGCGUCCUCGCUGCUCCUCAAUUCGAUUGGCUCCGUGCCGACCUCCAGGUUGAGAAGGAAAGCAUCGCGAGUUCGCCAUACGGAUGGGUUCCAAAGCGCCUUUCUGUCUCACGCUCCUCUUGCUGCUCGCCGCGGCCUGUGGACCUGCAGCACAUGCCCACGAUGCUGUCGAGCUCCCGCAUCAUGGCUCAGCCUUGAAGGAACAGAUUUCUUCAACCAAGAUUCCUGCCCGUCUCAAGAGUGGCAGCGGACUAUGCUCGGCCUGUGAAAACUUCACGAGCGAAGCCGUCACUUAUCUCGGCAAGGAACAGACACAGGACAGGAUCAUGGAGUUCCUUCAUGAUGCUUGCUCCCAAUCAUUCUCCUUUGAACAGAAGUGUGUCGAGCUGAUGGACUCUUAUGCGACUCUCCUGUUUGCCAAGAUCACGGAGAUCAGACCGGAAGCGUUCUGCAAACGGUAUGGCCUGUGCAGGGACACGGCUCUUCUCUCUGGUGUGGGAAGUGACAGCACGUGUGUGUUCUGCCACCAUCUGCUCGAUGAAAUCAUGUCCAAACUGAAAGAUCCAGAUGCGGAGUUUGAGAUAAUUCAGAUUCUUGUCAAGGAGUGCAAUAAGAUCGAAGGUCACGUCCAGCAGACAAUGUGAGGACGAACCAGAAGGGCGAGUUCUGGGUGGCGAUCCACUGUCGGAGAAGUAUGUAUCCUCGGCUAAUGAGCUGCCAUGUCAAGCUGAGGAAGUUUUUGCUCAGCUUCCCAAUCCCUGCCAAGUACCACUACCUGAUGCAUAUCGAUAGCAAGCUCUACGCGUUGAUCAUCAGGGACAACCCGAUGGGCAGAUGCUUCACAUCAUGGAGGACGACAAGGGAGAGGUGGUGAGAGUUAUCAUCGAAGUGGAGGGUCCGUCUGAUGCCAUUCAUCGCUGUCUUUGACCUCGUGAAGGCGUCUUAGCCACUUCAAUUUGAUUGGAAAUAUUGUUGUUUUAAGAUACGGGUCCAUGGUUAAUGUUGUACGCUUCUCUGAGAAGACCUGUCAUUCCAAUAAUUUGGUUCUGGAGCAACCUGGAGCUGUAUACUGAUCUAGCUUCUUUUAGUAACAAAUGUAAGUUGCUCACAUUUUCUUUA